UUCACAGACGUCUGUUUCAACCCCCUCAGCUGCUAAACGCUACGAGAGACUGAGCGCAUGAGUUAAAAUUAGCUCUUAGUCGACACAGAGCUUCACGGGUCAGGACAUAAAGGAGUGUGGGGUCUCUCCAGACGCUCUAAACUGUCUCUGCGUACUGUCUUUCCCUCAUCCUGGAUGUUGAAUAGGCAAAAGAAGUGAGCCAGAUUGAUAUCAACCAGAUCUGGCUAUCUCUGCCUCCCGUCUUAUUGGUCAUUCUUUCUCUCUCUCUCUCUCUCUCUCUUCUCGGUCAUUCUGCUCGCUCAGACUUGGAUUGAGGACAAUACAGUUCUCACAGACAGCAGUGCUCGGACAGUCUCUGUAGAAACAGAAGACAACGUAAAGACCGGACCACAAGAAGGAGUGCAUCUGUGAUGCUUUAUUCCAGGAACAGAUGGACAUUAAAGUGGACGUUUCUUUUGACAGGUUUUUGAAGUCUUCGCUGACUUUGACACUAAGUCAUCUGUGAACGAAUACCUGUAACUUGGGACCAUAUCAAAAAGGUGAAGAUGAGGUCCAGGACCAGCGAUAUGGAGGGGCCAGAGAACAGACCACUGAAGCCGCUCACUAAAAUCCUCGACACCGAGAAAGAGGGAAGCAAACAGGAGCUGAUGAGGAUGAAAUCCAAAGCUCGGGAGGAAAAAGAGAGCAGUGAGGAGAAGGCUGUUUCUGGGACUUUGAAAAAGCCUCAGAUGCCUCGUGAGAUGCAGCAGAGGAGAGCCAGACUAAUGGACCUCUCCAAAGAAGAUCUCGUCCAUCUGAUGGGAGUCAUGGAGGGAGAAGUUCAGGCCCGUGAAGACAUUAUCCACAUGCUGCAGUCUGAGAGAACACGGCCCGAGGUUCUGGAAGCUCAUUACGGAUCUGCGGUUCCGGUCAAACCUCUUCAAGCUCUGCAGAGAGACAGUCUGAUGACCAGCGGAGACCUGAUUAGAGACGAUGUCUAUGAGAUCCCUAUGAUAGAGCUGGACCGUUUGGAGGAGAAGCACCAGGAGACGUACAGACGGAUGUUAGAGCAGCUGCUCUUAGCAGAGAAAUGCCACCGACGCACCGUCACCGACCUGGACAGUGAAAAGCGCAAACACGCCGACUUCAUGAACAAAAGCGAUGAUUUCACCAACCUGCUGGAGAAGGAGAGAGAGAGACUUAAGACACUGUUGGAGCAAGAGAAGGCAUACCAGACUCGCAAGGACAAGGAUCACAGCAAACGUCUUGAGAAAGUUCAGGAGGAGUUGGUUAAGUUGAAAUCAUUUGCCCUGAUGCUGGUGGAUGAAAGGCAGCUUCACAUUGAACAGAUUGACCAGCAAAGACAGAAGGUCCAGGAUCUCAGCAAGAAGCUACAUGAAAGAGAACAGCAGUUGGAGCUCAACAACAGCAAAGCUAAAGAAGACAGUCAGAGGAUCCAAAGGCUGGAGCUCGACCUAGAACAUAAGACCUCCAAAUCUUCACAGGAACAUGAGGAGAUGACCGCCAAGCUGGCCAAGCAGGAGUCUGAAAGUCGACAGCUGCGUCUGAAGCUGGCCAGCAUGUCACGCACGAUUGAGGAGUUGGAGGAGGCCAAUCGUACGCUGCAGAAGUCUGAGGAGGACCUUCAGGACCUGCGGGACAAAAUAAGCAGAGGGGAGUGCGGGAACUCAAGCCUCAUGGCCGAGCUGGAGAACCUUCGGAAGAGAGUUCUGGAAAUGGAGGGCAAGGAUGAGGAGAUCACGAAAACAGAAGCACAGUGCAAGGAGCUAAAGAGGAGGCUUCAGGAUGAGGAAAAUCACAGCCGUGAGCUGAAACUAGAGGUUGAAAAACUGCAAAAGAGGAUGGUGGACCUGGAGAAACUGGAGGGAGCUUUCAAUGUGAGCAAAUCUGAAUGUGCCCAGCUUCACAACAACCUGGAGAAAGAAAGAACCUUGACAAAGAGCUUGGCGUGUGAGCUGGAAACAGUUAAAAACCAUAUCAAAGAACUUGAGGGCUCAGAAUCGAGGCUGGAAAAGGCUGAGAUGGGUUUAAAAGACGACUUGACCAAACUAAAGUCAUUCACUGUGAUCCUAAUGGAUGAGAGGAAGAACAUGGCAGAACGAAUCAAACAGGAAGAGCAGAAAAAUGAGGAGACUAACCAACUGUUUAAAGCUGAGCAAUGCAAAGUCACGGAGGUCACAGAAAAGCUAAUUGAGGAAAGUAAGAAGCUUCUUAAACUGAAGUCCGAAAUGGAGAUGAAUGUGUCCGCUCUUACCAAGGAAAAAGAUGACCUGAAAUCUAAACUAGCAAGUGAAGAGGAGAAACGAAAGGAUCUCAGUAUAAAGUUAUGUCAGAUACAAAGUAAAAUGGACGAGCAAGAGGAAGCUGAGUGGGAAUCUUCAAGAAACAGAGCUAAUGUAGACAAAGUUGAGUAUCCUGUUGAGGACAACAAGGUUAAAGAGCUCACAAUGGAGAUUGAGAGACUCAGGAACCGACUUAAACAGCUUGAGGUUGUGGAGGGCGAUUUGUUGAAGACAGAGGACGAGUAUGACAUGCUUGAGAAGAAGUUCAGAACCGAGCAAGACAAAGCCAAUGCUCUUUCCCAGCUCCUGGAGGAAAUGAAGACACAGAUCACCAAGAACAAGGCCAUAGAAAAAGGAGAGUUGGUAAGCCAAGAAGCUGAGCUGAGACUACGCUGCAAGAUGGAGGAAGCCAAAACGAGAGAUCUUCAGGUCGAUGUCCAAGCUCUAAAGGAGAAGAUUCAUGAGCUCAUGAACAAGGAGGAUCAGCUAUCUCAGCUUCAGGUGGACUACACGGUUCUCCAGCAGCGGUUCAGUGAAGAAGAGAAUAAAAAGAAAAACAUGAGUCAAGAAGUUCUCAAAUUAACCAAAGAGUUAGAAGCUACGAAGCGUUACAGCCGUGCCCUUAGACCCAGCAUGAAUGGAAGGAGGAUUGUGGACGUUCCUCUUGCUUCCACUGCAGUACAGACCGACGCAGACAUGAACGAACACAUCGAAGACGAGACUCCAGCUGUGUUCAUCCAGAAGUCUGUUCUAGAGGAAAAUCACCUUAUGAGUAAUCUGAGGCAGAAAGGUCUCAAGAAGCCAACUGUGUUGGACCGUUACCCGCCAGCAGCUGCAGAGCUGGGGACGAGGAAGUCUUGGAACCCGUGGAUGAAGAAGAAAGAAGCUGUUACUAUCACUCAGGAAGUUCCAUCAACCCAGGAGGUCAAUGGAACAACAUCACACUCAUCACCAGAACUAACGAUGUCUCAGAAACCCGGUCAGCCACUCCAUAUUAAGGUGACUCCAGACCAUCGGAGCAGCACUGCCACGUUGGAGAUCACCAGUCUACGUGCUGAGGACUUCUUCUCCAGUACCACCAUCAUCCCAACUCUUGGGCUCCAGAAACCACGCAUAACAAUCGUUCCUACUUCUAUGCUGCCAAAGUCCAAAACCAAUGAAGGGCCAGCUGAACGGACAAAGUCUCCAGUCACUAUAACGGCCAUCUCCAGAACUAAAUCUCCAGAGAAGGGUAAGGGCUCUUACUCGGAGCAUCCUGCUUCUCCUCUGUCCAUCAUAACCGUUAGCGCAACUCCAGUCUCCCAGGCGUCCAUCUCCCCAGAACCCCAUGAGAUGACCAUGGGCAGGGCCGUGUUCAAGUUGACCCCUGAAAAGCAGACGGUUCCAACGCCCAUCCGGAAAUACAACUCCAAUAUUAUUACCACAGAGGACAACAAGAUCCACAUCCACCUGGGGUCAACAGUGUUCAAGAAACCUCAGGAUGACAGAAGUGGCUCAGUUAUGGUUUGGCCUAAUGGUGUAAGUUCAGACAGCAAAGAGAUGCAAACGGGGACGGUUCUGCGUGCUCCCAGACAGAUGGCAGCUAAUGUCGGGAACAUGAUCCAAGGCAAGAUGACCAGCAGCAUCACAAUAACCCCCAUCACCUCGGCCCCAUCCAGGUCUACUCAAUCUGUGCACGGAACGGAUGUGCAGUCAUCUCGCUCCACGGCAACACGAAUCCCCAUGUCAAAAGGUAUGAAAACAGGGAAAGCGGUCUUGUCCACAACGUCACAUUCUGAGAGCCAGUUUAUGAAAAUUGAAUUGAGGAAAUCUGCAGUUUGCAGCUCUGCAGCCGGAGCCGGAGGAAAGAGCUGAGAUUGGCUCAUGUUAAUGUGGCACUGGAAUUUAAACUAAGCACUACCGAACUGAAUGAAAUCUGAACAAAAGCGUUGCAAUGUAAAACAAAGCAACCAUUGGCACUGUGGCCUCCAUUUCUAGAUUUAGAUACAUGAUUGUAAUAUUGUAAAUACUGUAUGUUAAAUCAGCCUUUAUGUACAGACAUUUAUAGUUGGAUCUCAGACAAUUGGAAUGUGUGCAUGUGUGUUUUUUGUGCUAAAACACUUUAACUAACCCUUCACUGUUUAUUUUUUCCCCCUUUAGUAUUUAUUUUUCCAUUUACCAUUUCACUAAGGUUUAAUUCAGUAAAACUGCUUGUGGGGGUUUCCAGAGGAAUGGAAAUGUAUUGUGUUAAAUGUCACUGAAUGAAUUUUGUGAUUCCACUAAAUAAAUAUUAUUUU